ACGUUUAUGUCGGCAUUUCAAACCACAAACAAAAAUUUCUACUGCAAUUUAAUUUAAAUAAAAUAUCGAUGUGAUAAUUGAUUCAUAGAAUAAAAAUAAAGAAAUUUUCACCGAAAAAAAGGUCACUUGAAUCAGAUGCAUUAGAAAUGCAACCAACAAUUGAAGGGAAUACCGAUAGUGAAAUGAAAACGCAAGACAGUCACGAUGAGAAGAAUUGCAUCGAUUUGGAGCGCUACCGGAAUUUAGUGCGAACAUUCAUUGAUCUGCGACGAUAUAAAACAGCGUUGUUUUGGGCCGAAAAAACGGUUAUUUUGGGUGAUAAUCAAGCAAAAGACAUCUAUUGGAUGGCACAAUGUAUGUUUUUACUGCGUGAAUAUCAUCGUGCCGCGCACAUUAUUAAAUUCCAUGGAUUGGAAAAGACCAAUAUAUUUUGUCAUCAUUUAAUCGUUGAAUGUUUGUACGAGGCAAAAGAAUACACCGAGGCCAUCGAUUUAAUGAAUACCAUUGACUUGGAAUACUUAUCAAAUUCAGUUAUUAACUUAGAGGGUACAAAUGCCGACGAUACGGCACUACAAAUUUUGGCAACAGUUGAUAUCGAUGACAUUGGACCGAGCAAAUCGGAAGUUAUAUCGGCCAUUUAUUUUUUAAAAGGGAAAAUACUCGAAUCCAUGGACAAUCGAAAUAUGGCAAUGAAUUGUUACAUCGAAGCGUUACAUUUGGAUGUGCAUUGUACGGAAGCAUUAGAUGCGCUCGUUCAUCACGAAAUGCUUCUUGCAUCGGAGGAGCUAGAGCUCAUCACACAUUUACCAUUUUCAUCACAAUGCACCGAAAAUGAGAGUCGAAUCAUUGAAAAACUCUACAAGAGCAAACUAAAGAAAUACCACGAAUCAGCACUAACGCCAACAUCAUAUAAUCAAAAUCAAACACCACCGCCAAAUUUCGAUAGUGUGGCCACGAUUAAAGCCAUUUUGGAACAAUCUGAGAAAACACGCACGGAACGAACAAAUAUUGAUCUGAAACUGAGCUCCAAGGAAAAUCCACGAUUUUUCCAAACGCCAGAACAACGAAGCAAUAGAACACCAUCGCCACCGGCUUCUAACGUAAUCAAAGAAGGAAAAACUUCAUUAUACUCCAGAUUGAGUAAAAAUGAAUCUUUGUUGAAUGCAUCAAUUGUAAAUACAACACCAUUGCAAUCGAAUCGAGUCGCAAGCGUCAAAUCGAAACGCAAAGUGUAUAAAAGUUUGUCAGAGUCAAAGAAGACCGUACCAAUAUCAACUCAACGUUGUUUUGAACGUCUUAACCAAAGCAUUGACAUCUAUACGGAACGUGCAUCGCAUCUAUUCUAUAACGGCGAAUACAAGAGUUCGAUUGGCAUUCUAAAUGAAAUUUUAAAGAGUGAUCCAUAUCAUACUCCUGCCUUGAUUAUACUCAUCGGAUGUUUGAUCGAAUUGAAGGAAUACAGUAAAUUAUUUUGCAUCGCCCAUAAAUUGGUUGAUUUGUACUCGGAUCAGGCAAUUUCAUGGUAUGCUGUUGGUUGUUAUUAUGAUUUAAUUGGAAAAAGUGAUCCAGCAAGACGAUAUUUAUCGAAAGCAACAUCAAUCGAUCGACUAUUUGGUCCAGCGUGGCUGGCAUACGGACAUUCAUUCGCUAAAGAGAAUGAACAUGAUCAAGCAAUGGCAGCUUAUUUCAAAGCUACACAACUGAUGCGCGGAUGUCAUUUGCCACUUUUGUAUAUUGGCGUCGAAUGUGGUCUCACCAAAAAUUUCGAUCUAUCGCAAAAGUUCUUUUACCAAGCAAUGACCAUCGCUCCAUUGGACGUUUUUGUACUACACGAACUGGGAGUGAUAAAAUUCGAAUAUGAAAAUUUUGAUGAAGCUGAAGAAAUUCUUCGAAUCACAUUGGAAAUGGUAACAAAAAUGGCAAAUGAUAAUGAUGAACCGAUUGCAAUACGUUGGGAACCGCUAAUCAAUAAUCUUGGCCAUUGUUGUCGAAAAAAUAAGAAAUACGAUGAAGCGCUUAAAUAUCAUAAGAGAGCACUUGCAUUAAAACCACAAAAUCCAGCUACGUACACAGCAAUCGGUUUUGUGUAUGCAUUAAAAUUGAAUUUGGGACAAGCCGUUGAUUAUUUGCAUCGAAGUUUAGCAUUAAAACGUGAUGAUAUUGUUACAACAGCAUUACUCAAAUCGUGCCUCGAAGAUUUGAUGAGCGAGGAUAGUUUACCGAAAAGUUUAUCGGAUUCGCAUGUCGAUCAAGAUGUAGACGGUUUCAGUAGUAUACAAAAGCGUGACAUAAAAUCCAAACCACAUCCAAGCUAUCCAAUGAAAUCGAGCUGCGUGAAAAUCAACUUCGAUGAUGAAUCAAAUCAGUCACAAGGAUCCGAAAUGAUCGAUCUCGACAUGAGUAUGGAUGUUUAAAGCAAAGCUUGUUUACAUUUAAUCCCAUAUUAAUAAAAAAAAUCAAAUGAAUUUCAUUAAUGAA